GGGUAGGUGGGUUUACCUUUUGGAAAAAAAGCCCCUUAUAAUAUAAUAAAAUAAUCUAAUCUACUGAGGCCAGAACUGAUCUGUUGCACAGAGGCUAAAAAGCCACAGAUGGCUCGGGGGCCAAAGGUUGAUGGCUAUUGCUAUAAACCCACAAAAAGAGAGGGUUUGGGGGCAGAAAAGACAAAUGGUGAUUUAUCUGUGGCUUUUUGUAGCAGAGACAAAAAAAAUUCCAGUGUAGAGCUUUCUAUCCACGAAUAAUAACGCGUGAAUUUACCUGAAGUUUUGUUUCACUUGAACAGAUAUGCACAAUACGAAGGUAAUACGCUACGGCAACUACAGGAGGACAAACCUCCCAAGUGCGCGUUUUAAUCUCCAUAGAAACGGCUGGCCUCAGACAAAACGUCCAAAACUUCCGCCAGUAAUGACGUCGUAAACAUCGUUUACCGACGUACUUUCGGCAACCUAUCUCUUUGAAUUGGUCUCACCUGCUGCCACUGCGCGGUGUGUGCAGCCAUGUCCAAGAACAAGACAUCUGGACACAAAGCGUCAUCUGAUGCUGUCAGAAGUGAGGAGAGGGUGGGAAGAGCUUGUGUGCGUUACAAAUGUGUGCUGCCAAACAGCAUCCAGAGUGUCCUGCGCCAGAGACCGGGGUGGGCUGAGGUCAAAGAUGAUGGAGAGUGGGAUUUGAACUGGUGUGAUGUCGGCUGGCUCAGGGAGAAUUACGACCACUCCUACAUGGAGGAGCAUGUAAGGAUAAACCACUUUCGCAAUCAUUAUGAGCUGACUCGCAAAAAUCUCAUGGUGAAAAACCUGAAAAGGUACAAAAAACUCCUUGAGAGAGAGGUUGGCCCCAUGGAGGCAUCAAGGUGUUCUUUUUUCCCAUGCACCUUUGCACUUCCCAGUGAGUACCAUCUGUUUGUAGAAGAGUUCAAAAGAUGUCCUGGCAGCACCUGGAUCAUGAAGCCGGUUGCAAAAUCUCAAGGUAAAGGAAUCUUCCUGUUCAGAAAACUGAAGGACAUCAUGGAUUGGAAAAAGGACGGCGGUCGCUCAGAGGAGCAGAAGGAUUCCACUCAGGUGGAAAACUACGUGGCACAGCGCUACAUAGAGAACCCCUACCUCAUUAAUGGCAGGAAAUUUGAUUUGAGGGUCUAUGUUCUGGUGUCAUCGUAUGCUCCCUUAAAGGCCUGGCUCUACAGAGAUGGGUUUGCACGCUUCUCAAACACUCGCUUCUCUCUGAACAGCAUUGAUGACAAGUACAUGCAUCUGACUAAUGUGGCUGUUCAAAAAACAGCGCCGGACUACGACCCUGAAAAGGGUUGUAAAUGGCAAAUGCAGCAGCUUCGGAGAUACCUGACUGCAAAACACGGCAGAGAGGCAGUCGAGACCCUGUUUGCAGAGAUGGACAACAUCUUCGUCCGCAGUCUCCAGAGUGUGCAGAAGAUCAUAAUCAAUGACAAGCGCUGCUUCGAGCUCUACGGUUACGACAUUCUUCUGGACCAGGACCUGAAGCCGUGGUUAAUUGAGGUGAAUGCCUCUCCCUCAUACACACCCAGCGGUCAGGAGGAUUAUGAGAUGAAGUGCAGACUGCUGGAAGACACUUUGAAUGUUGUUGAUAUGGAGGGAAGGCUGACAGGCAAGGAGAAAAGGGUGGGCGGCUUUGACCUGAUGUGGAACGACGGGCCGGUGUGUAGAGAGGAUGCUAACCUAGAAACUUUAGCAAGUUCGUGUUUCACUGCCAACACACACUUAGGGUGUGUGAAUGACAGAGAGAGGCAGCUACGGCGGCUAAUGAAACCAUUGCUAUGUCAAAAAAGGAUGUGAACAAAGUCUGAAAAUGUCAUCAGGUUGAUGUGAAGACGUCCAGAGAGGAAGUGCUGUGCUGGCUUUGGAAUGAACAGCAGGUGAAAAUGUGGCUCCUUCUAAUACCAUUUUAAACCAAAGGAAAUUGUCCCUGAAGAGAUAAGGUCUCAGUUUUUCCUUUUGUGUCAGCCAUAACAAAGCAGCAUAAUUUAAAAAAAAAAAUCAAUCCCAUUUAGAGAAAAAUAGACAAUAAAGCACAGUGGGAGAAGGUGACUAUAAAUGUCAACUAUGGUACUUCCACGUAGAAAUCCAUUCAAGGAAGACAAUAUUCUGCUUCAGCUCAACAAGUGUAGCUGCAAAAGGUUUGAUAAUUCUAGUCAUUUGAGCGCUAUAAUAUUACUCUAUUUUUUUCAGUUAAAUUUAAGCUAAACCAGAUGUGUCUUUUAACAUAACAACAUAAAAUAAAUAAGCUCAAUAAUGAAAACUUUGACAUUGACAAACUUGUGAAACUACGUUUUUUCAAUACCAAGUAUAAGAAAUAACAUUACAAAAUAUUUCAUGUAUUAUUACUUUUGGACUAUAAGAUCUUUACUUUUUUUUUUACAUAAAACCUUUCUAGAGGAAACACUGCCACCUGUCCAAAAUCAUCCAUUUUAAUGGUAGGCAUAAAUAAAAAAAGUGAAGGGUUUAUUUAGUAAAAAACUAAAUGCAAAUACAGAGUAGUAGGUAGACAGUACACCUCUAACUUUCGUCCUGUUCUCACAACAGUUUUUAUGUACAGUUUUAGUAAAAGGCAGGAUCCGUUCAUGUGCAAAACAUUUAUUUAUAUGCCUUACAAAGACAUUGCAUUCAACAUUAAGAAAAUACAUACCACAAUCUUUCUGCGUGCAUGUUGACAAAGUGUACACAUUAACAACAACGUCACCAAUCUUGGCUUUGAGUACAUGUGGCUGUGAUGCAAUGAAUAAAGGAGUGCAAUUCAAA